CAAAUUUUGUCUAAUACCAAGAAUUGAACCCUGAUCAGUUACACAAAAGCCUCAACCACCCACAAACGUAACCAGGAAGAAAAUGUCGGAAGCGACUUUAGCAAGCACGGUGGCGAUUCACGCAUCAACUGUCGCCGACGACUACUUCCGGCCGUCCUCCAUCAGUAAACUUCCGAUCACCACCGACGCCGGCGACUCCUCCACCUCCUCGUCUAAUGCUUACGUCACUCAGGCUUUUCCUUUCUCUUCUGGAAACCCUAGAAUCGAAGAGACCAGAGGCGUCAUGCAUCUCUUUCUCGACGACGCCGUUUCGUCUUCUUCCAAUUUACCUGUUGGAAGAAGUCCUCUUAUUUGUGUACUUGGGGUGCCAAAUCACAUGACCUAUGCUGAUUUCUGCCAGUUUUGUGGCUCCUUUAUUCAUCAUGUAUUGGAGAUGCGUGUUGUCAGGAAUGAUGGAAUGGAGAACCGGUAUAGUAUUUUGGUAACGUUUGAUGACCAAAACUCAACGGAUGCUUUUCAUAAGCAUUUUAAUGGAAGGCGCUUCUCAUCUCUUGAGACAGAGUCAUGUCGUGUGCUUUUCACCGUUGAUGUGCAAUAUACACGCCUAAUCGAACACACACAAACUUCCCUUGCAAGCACAGAGCAGCCCUCAUGUCCAGUCUGUCUUGAGAGAUUGGAUCAAGAUAUGAGUGGAAUUUUGACGACAAUGUGCAAUCACUCAUUCCAUUGCUCAUGUAUUUCAAAGUGGACCGAUUCUUCGUGCCCUGUGUGUCGUUAUUGUCAACAGCAGCCUGAAAAGUCAAAAUGUUUGAUUUGCCAAACCUCUGAAAAUGUCUGGAUAUGUCUUCUUUGUGGCUUUGUUGGCUGUGGGAGGUAUAAAGAAGGGCAUGCUAUUAAACACUGGAAAGAAACACAACAUUGUUACUCCCUCGAACUGGAAACACAACGUGUUUGGGACUACGUUGGAGAUAAUUACGUUCACCGUUUAAUUCAAUCUAAAACAGAUGGAAAGCUGGUAGAGUUGAAUCAUCAUACCGAGCAUUUUGACGAUUGUGGAUGUGGCACCGAUCCUGGAUUUAGCGAGGCCCUUUUGAACAGUCGAGUUGAAUCCAUUGUCAGCGAGUAUAAUGAGCUCCUAACCACCCAACUUGAAGAUCAGAAGCUAUAUUAUGAAUCGUUACUCCAGGAAUUUGAAGAACAAAACGAGAGGGAUAUUUCAGACUCUGUAAAGGAAUCUCUAAAGAAGAAUACAAAAUUGCAAAAAUUGCAAGCCAAACUUGAUAAAGGUCUCAAAGAGAAGAAGUUUCUAGAUGAGAUUAAUGAAAAUCUUUUGAGAAACAAGGAGAUAUGGGAAGGCAUUAUUAUAAAAACUCAAGAAAGGGAGAAAGAGGCUUUAAGGCUCAAAGAUCAAAAGAUACAAGAACUGGAGGCCCAGCUACAGGAUUUGAUGAUGUCUCUUGAAGAAACAAACACGAUAGAACAAUCUGCUGCAACAUCACAGGAGAAGAAUGGGGACGUGGUAUCACUCGAAACGAGGUCUUGUUGAAUCUGUUGCAUUCAAGAAGCCAACUUGUAAAGUGAAUUUCUGUAUAGAAAGAAAAUGAAUGGACAUAGUUGGUGUUACAUGAUUCUUUUAUUCAUGAUUAUGGUUGAUAGGUGAUGGUUCUUUUUAUGUCUAGACUAGUUUCAUUAUCAUUUGUUUAUUAAAGGUUAAGUUGCAAAAUUUGAAAAACAUUUUACUUGGAAUCAGAGUUUGAAUCACAAAUAAUGUUCC